CAGUCUGUCAAAUCAUUUCAUUCAGCCUGAUGAAAUUGUUGAAUGGCAUACCUGUCUGUCAACCUACCGAGCAGGCUACCUGCGUGAACUCUGCCCGUGCUCCCAUAGAGCACAUUCUGCAGUAUCGCUUAAGCUAGCAGGCUAGUCACAUGUUUUGGGUCAGGGUGUCUUUGGAGGGAAGCCUGAAGUGACACAGUCCAGUGAUAUCCGAAUCCAGCUUACUCUGGCUGGGCUCUCAAAAUUCCCCAUACCCUAGCUUGCAGAAGCCUGUAGAUGGUAGAAAUUAUUAAUACAUUAGCUAAACUGGAUAUGUCUGCAAUGAUGCAUAAUGUCUGACAUGAGUUGGGAUUCAAGGGUUUCUCACCCAUCAGGCUGGUUGGGUUUCAGCCUUGAGACAAUCAAGGCUGUAUUCUGUUCCCAUGGACACGGGCAACACUAAGACCUUGACAAGACCUCGUCAAAGACGGUUAAAUGUAAUAGCCCCCACACUAUCUCAUUGUCUCUGGGAAAUCGGUGGAAUACCUAGUGAGGUUUUGGCUAGAGAUUCAAUAGAAUCUUAACGGUCUGCAACAGAUUGGAAGUUGGAACUGGGUGUGGCGUCUUGAAUGUGGUGAGGAAAUUAUUAUAAAUUCUUCCCUGGUCAUUAAAGGCAUUUAAUGUUAUAGCAAUUUAAAUACCUUUUUAAUAUCGUGGAUGGCUCGAGGACAGACACACGCGUACAAUGCAACAUUCCUUUAUCUUGCUCUGGUCCUCUCUUAUCACAUGUCCCACUGUCCUUUGUUCUAAAUCUUCCUGACGCAGUCUUCUCUUUUUGCUCGCCCCUUCAGAUGCCAUCUAUCUUUUCCUGCCGCUCGUUCAUCUCCUCGCUCCCAAUCUCUGAAACUACCCGUAGCCCUUGCAUGCGUGGCUGCACAUAAACCAAGCGCUCUCCACCUAGUCAAUUCUCCUGCGAGUAUCUCUGCCCUAUUCUUAUUGACCGCGUCCCUCCGAUCAAUGGCUCUGCCAGCCGUGGGGAAGUGUUGACCACUGCCUCCGCACUAGUAGUCUGCGGAGGGACCUCGUCUCCUCGUUCUUUGUCUGAAGGAGCUCCAGUCUGUCACCAUGACUUCACCUAGAUAUGUUUAGUGUGCUUUGUGCCACGGGGGCUGAUCGUUGCGCCUCACGUUUACCUGUGUGUUUUCUCUCCUCCGGUAGCCGAGGCCAUCCUGGACCAUGUCAUCGGGGUGACGGAGACGGCUUCAGUAUUCACGUCGGAGAGGGAGCAAGGUGCGCCCCGCAGACACAGCGGCGAGGAGGUGCAGAGCCAGGGGCAGGAGGAGGAGGAGGAGGAGGAGGAGGAAGAGGAAGAGUGGCAAGACGAGAGAAGAAGGAUGGGCGUGGGGAAGAAUACAACCUCCAAAUCUAUAGAAGGAGGAGGAGAUGGGAACGGGAACAAAUAUGAGGAGGAAACCAAACGCGGAGCGGACUUCUACCCUAUUCCGGUGGUGGUGAAUGGGGUGAGCCAGACCAAUGGAGAACAAGACACGGAGGACACAGAGCUGAUGGCCGUCUACGCUAAAGAGAAUCAAGGAGGAGAGAAGUGUUCCAUGUCUGAGACGUUGGACAGUACAGACAGCGUGGACGCCAGACGGAAUGACAUGAUCUACACCAUCGAAGACUGCCCGCCGUGGUACCUGUGUGUCUUCCUCGGCCUACAGCACUAUCUGACUUGCUUUAGCGGCACCAUCGCCGUCCCCUUCCUCCUGGCUGACGCCAUGUGUGUGGGCUACGACCAGUGGGCCACCAGCCAGCUGAUAGGGACCAUCUUCUUCUGUGUGGGGAUAACCACCCUGAUCCAGACCACCGUCGGAUGCAGGUUGCCUCUUUUCCAGGCCAGUGCGUUUGCCUUCCUCGCCCCAGCCAGGGCAAUUCUAUCACUCGAUAAAUGGAAGUGCAACAAUACAAGUAAAUACUUUCUCUAUUUCCCUCACUGACUCUUAAAUUGGAUAACGUUUGACGUCUGCAAAUCAAAUCUGUCAAAUGCGCUGUAAGUACGACAUAAGCGCUGUAAUUUGAUUAUAAUUUUUAAGUAAUAGCCGUAGCCAUCCUUCAGCUAUUAGUGAG